AUGGAGAAAAUCGAAAACCUGACGGAUGUAAAUUCAGGCCAGGCGUACACGCUGGACUUCAUCGUCAAUCGUAUCAUCGUACCGAUUGAGCUGGCCAUCGGCUUUGGAUGUCAGGCACUGUCAGUCAACUACAUGAUCAGCAUCAUCAUGCUGACGCUAAGUAUUCUGAGGAAAAACGGCGUGUUCGACCUGUCGUCUUUCAUCGUAGCAUUGUACAGCAUCCACCUGGAGCAGUACCUCGCCAAUCUAUUUCUCUUCAGCGGAAAUCUACUGAUCAUCGCCAUGGCUUGUGACGGUCUGAAAGCGAUCACCUAUCCGUUGCAGCGGCUGAACCUCAACGAGAGGGGCUCGCAUAUGGUCGUCGUCAGCAUCUACGUUACUGUAGCGAUCCUGCUUCUUCCGGUUACAGUAAUGCACAAAAUGGACGUUCGAAUAGUCAACGCGACCAGGAUUUACAUUGCGGUACAAGUGGACACACUGUUCAUUGGGCUGAUACGAUACGUUGUCGUCACAACGUUUGAAGUAAUUCUGAUCUUGUUGAUCCUAAUAAUCUACACCGCGGUCUUGAUCAAGUACAACGCGAUUGUAAAGCGACAUUUCUGCUUCGUGAGAAGCCUUAAGCAAAGCAGCAGCCGGUUGCUGACCACCUACUACCACAAAGCCACUGUCAUAUGUUUGGCUUCGGUGACCGCGUUCCUGGUUUGCAACCUACCCAGUGCCUUAAUGGAGAUGUGCUACUUGAGCUUCUACCUGCGUGGCGAAAUCGAAUGUUUUCUGCGCAGCUGGUCAAGGGUGAUCCUGAGGAGCGUAGGCAAUUCGAUGCUUGCCUUCAAUUUCACCCUCACGUUCGUCUUGCAGUACGCGGUGAGCAUCCAGUACCGUAAAAACUUACAGUGCAUCCUUGAAAAGGGAAAGCGAAACAUUAGCCAACGGCUGAUGCUGCUGCAUUCGUACAGAAAAGCCCAGCAGUUCGAGUUCCAGUUCUAUGGCAACAGAAAUACCAGAAACUACGUGUAA